AUGAGUACUCAAAUCUCUUCCGCCACCUCGCAUCAUCUUCACGGUUUUCACUAUUCUACAACCGACUUCCAACAUUUUAAAAAACGUCCAUUUGAUCAAAAUGCUUUUAACCAAGAAACCGCAGAGCAAUUACAUAACACAUAUAAAAAAAUAAAAACAGCCACAUCUGUAAAUUCUUCAUUAUCGCAGCAACCCCAAACACAUGCCACACCUCCAUUUGGUACAUCUAGAAAUAUUGGUAAAAGAGAUGUCGGAAAUGAUAUUGAAACAAGUUUACUUUCAAAUGUUCCCCGGAUUAUCGAUUUAUCCACGGGAGAGUCUUUAGAAUCGAUCCCAUCCUUGGAACAUUUACAGAGCAGAAAACUGAAACGUCCAAUAGAAUUAGUUGAGAAUCAAGUUAACUUGUCUAGUACUCUUGAACCUGUGGAGGAGAGCAAGAAUAAUUCACUUCAUUCACAUAAAAGACUUCGAACUUCCAAAGAACAUAUGUGCAAUUUUAUUGAAGAGGACGAAGAAAUGAUGAACUCUAGAAUUUAUGGACCUGUUGUCUUAAAAGAACUUAAAACUGGUUCUAAUACAAUUUCAUCUAAUAAAGCAAAACCUGUAGAAAAUCAAUCCCUGUCACGAUAUAAAAAAUCGACUUCAAAUAUAUCAUUUACACUUCCUUAUCAAAAAGCGAUGACUAGAUAUAUGCGUUCACAAUUCCAGCACUUGAAUAACGAAGAGUUUGAAAAUGAGGGCAAACAAUUGAUUUUAUAUCGUCCAAGAAACGAGGAUUAUUUUAUGAAUUCACUUAUUGAGGAUAACAAUAGCAUGAAAGACGAAACUGAUGAUAAAAUAGUUGAAAUUGAUGAAACAAUGUAUUUGAAUGAUCAAAAUGGUGAAACCAAUUAUAACAUGAAUGAUGAGGAUGAUCAAAUGGAAAUUGAUUGA